GAAACAAGUGUCGCUAUCGUCGGCGAUAUGCUCCCCCAAGAGGUGUAUCGUUAAAUGAGCGCUAGACACGCGAGAAUGCUUCAUCACAAGUGUAGACAAAGUCUGUAUCCGUUCAGUGGCGUUAAAAGAUUCGAGGUAACCGAGGAGAAAAUUCCGUGGACGGUCGAGUACCCCGAGUACAAGCCGGUCGCGUAUAACGCUGACGUUCUUCGCGAUAAACCUUGGGCCGAUCCAGACAUUCAAGAGGCCGCAUUUAAACCGAAAUGGAAUACGGUGGACGGUAAUGUGAAUCGCAGGAGUUUCACAGGUGACUACGCAAUUAACGCUAGUGGCUACCCAUUGAAUCCUGUAGGACGGACAGGUAUUGUCGGACGCGGGCUUCUAGGUCGUUGGGGGCCGAAUCACGCUGCCGACCCGAUUGUCACACGAUGGAAACGCGAUAAUGCGGGAGCCGUGCAGCUAGACAGGCACACAAAGAAACCUGUAUUGCAGUUCGUCGCGAUACAAAGACGGGAUUCCGGCGAAUGGGCUAUUCCGGGAGGUAUGGUCGACCCAGGCGAGGCAGUUUCCGCCACAUUGAUGAGGGAAUUCAUGGAGGAAGCGCUGAACUUUCUGCAAAAAGACGACGCCGAGAAGAAGACUCUGCGCGAUUCUAUAGCACACUUUUUCGCAAAAGGCGACGAAAUUUACAAAGGAUACGUGGACGACCCGCGAAACACAGAUAACGCUUGGAUGGAAACGGUGGCUGUUAAUUUCCACGACGACGACAGUAGCGUCGUCGGAAAGCUCGCGUUGAAAGCUGGAGACGACGCGCGUAAUGUCAGAUGGAUUGAUACGAACUGUCAAAUUAAUUUAUACGCGAAUCAUGGCGAAUUUAUCAGAAAGACCGUGUCGCGACGAGACGCACACUGGUGAAAGUUUGAUCUGCAAUUUUUCUCUCCGUUGAAUAUUUUCAACAAUAUUCUCACACAAAAUUUUCCAGAGACAUGCAACCUUCGUACGAGUCUCGACUGAGAUUUACAUCUCAGCGAUUCUUCCGGGAUUAUAUAAAAGUGAAGAAUGAAAUGUGAAACAGGAAGCUUGUAUUCGUUAAUCCUCCAAACGAUAUUUAGAAACGAUUAUUACGAUAACUUUUAUGGCAAAAUGCCUUCGAAGGAGGAAAGAUAUCUUGUCGGUGAAAGAUUUUGAAAUAUAAAAAUUUUAUAUUUUUUGUACUAUGUAUCAUACAUACAUUGAAAAUAUACAUUACAAGUAAGCUGUACGCACGUAUUGACAAGAUCUUCAGUCAACAACAUUAGUUCUCGAUGCAAGAA